ACAGCGGUGGAUCACAAUGACUGCGACUGUGUGUUUGUGGGGGUGGUGGGGGUAUUGGGGGUUGGUCCAAGUUUAGAAUUACACCAGUUACGCUGCCCUCAAUCCAUACUUUAAAUAGUCAGAGACGGGCUUCUGAAUCAAUAUUUUUGGACAAAUCAAAGAGGCUGCACUUGGUUAAUUAAACGAAAGACGGCUAACACGUAACUGUCACCUUGGGCCAGCACAAAGCCGGAACAGCACUACACCAGUCACAAAAAUAACCUGUUUUCACCCAACACGAGCACUACUGCAUGCACCCAGGACUGGCUCAAUGGAAAGCAAGCCCCCAGCAGACAUCACCAAUGGGCACAACCAGGCCCUAGAUGUCUGCCCUAAGAACAAGGAGAAGAUGGAGGAUAGAGGGCAGUGGAAUAACAAGGUGGAGUUUGUGCUUUCAGUGGCUGGGGAGAUUAUUGGACUGGGGAAUGUUUGGAGGUUCCCCUACCUCUGCUACAGGAAUGGAGGAGGUGCCUUCUUCAUCCCUUAUCUCAUCUUCCUCUUCACCUGUGGGAUCCCUGUAUUCUUUCUGGAGACGGCACUGGGACAGUACACUAGUGAAGGGGGUGUGACGUCUUGGAGAAAAAUCAGCCCUCUUUUUGAAGGUAUCGGUUAUGCCACCCAGGUGAUUGUCGCCCUGCUUAAUUUCUAUUACAUUAUCGUGCUGGCCUGGGGAAUUUUCUACUUAAGCAACUCAUUUACUUGGGAACUGCCCUGGGCAUCCUGCAACAACACCUGGAACACAGGUUCCUGUGUGGAGUUCCAGAAGAGAAAUGAAACAUACAACUGGACAGCCCCAGCAAACGCCACCUCUCCCGUCAUAGAGUUCUGGGAGAAACGGGUGCUGAGGAUUUCUUCAGGCAUUGACCACAUUGGCAUAUUACACUGGGACCUGGCUCUCUCUCUCUUUUUGGCCUGGGUCAUGUGUUAUUUCUGCAUAUGGAAAGGAGUCAAGUCCACUGGCAAGGUGGUGUACUUCACCGCUACGUUUCCCUACGUUAUGCUGGUGAUCCUGAUGAUCCGAGGGGUGACUCUUCCAGGGGCAGCUGAAGGAAUCAAGUUCUACCUGUACCCAGACCUCAGCCGGCUGGCAGAUCCCCAGGUGUGGAUGGAUGCAGGGACCCAGAUUUUCUUCUCUUUUGCUAUUUGCCUGGGAUGCCUGACAGCUCUUGGUAGCUACAACAAGUACAACAACAACUGCUACAGGGACUGCCUGUGUCUGUGUUUCCUGAACAGUGGGACAAGCUUUAUGGCUGGCUUUGCCAUCUUCUCCAUCCUGGGAUUUAUGGCUUAUGAACAGCAAGUGCCCAUUUCAGAAGUUGCAGAGUCUGGUCCUGGGCUGGCGUUCAUUGCGUACCCACGGGCUGUGUCCAUGAUGCCUUUCUCUUCACUGUGGGCCUGCUGCUUCUUCAUCAUGAUCGUCCUUCUCGGACUCGAUAGUCAGUUUGUGUGUGUGGAGAGCCUGGUGACAGCACUGGUCGACAUGUUUCCCUCUGUGUUCCGCCGCAAAAACAGAAGGGAGCUUCUGAUCCUCGGCAUCUGCGUCAUCUCCUAUUUCAUGGGACUUAUCAUGAUCACGGAGGGUGGAAUGUACGUUUUCCAGCUCUUUGAUUACUAUGCUGCCAGUGGGAUGUGUCUCCUGUUUGUGGCUAUUUUCGAAACAGUUUGCAUAGCUUGGGUUUAUGGUGCUGAUCGUUUCUAUGACAACAUUGAAGACAUGAUUGGUUACAGACCUGCACCUCUCAUCAAGUACUGCUGGAUGUUCUUCACUCCUGCUGUCUGUGCUGGAACCUUUGCCUUCUCCCUCAUCAAGUACACUCCGCUCAAGUACAACAAGACUUACGUGUACCCCUGGUGGGGUUAUGCCCUGGGCUGGCUCCUUGCCCUCUCCUCCAUGGUGUGCAUCCCCCUCUGGAUCAUCUACAAGAUCACUACCAGCAAGGGCACACUGAGAGAGCGUAUCUGCCAUCUGAUAAGACCUUCUGAGGAUCUACCCAAGACCAAGAAAGAGCAGAACCUCUUGGCCAUCUUCGCUUCUGAUAAUGGCUUACAGCAGCAGGACGGGGAACCCAGGGAGGGCUAUGUCUUGGUGACCGACAAGGAGACCAACUGUUAGAACCUCACAAGCUGCUAAGAAUAGAACCCUUCUCGUUUUGAACAGGAACUGAUCUAUUCCACUUUACUUUAUACCUCAGAUGUGACAUCAAAAAAGCAAUUAAGAAUCGUAUUGCACCUGUGAUACUGGAUGUGUUUUUUUUUCCUGACACCUUAGUAUUGAUAAACAAUGUGGAUAUGGCUGCCUGCUGUUUGUUUGUGUGUGUGUGUGUGUGUGUGUAUAUAUAUAUAUAUGGAUGACUUGUGGAUGUGUGGAUGACUUCUGUUUGCUCAGUGUGAUUAGAUUUUGAUCCAUCUUCUCAGAAGCUUGUUUAAUGUCGUCAGGAGCCAUUAUUUGGAUCUUUUACAGUGUUCAUCAAAUUAGUUUUCCAAUUUUAUUUAAAAAGAAAAAAAAUAGGUUUUAAAGAAAGACUGUUGUAUUCUUUCACAUUUACUUGGACUGUCCUAUAAUUAAUAUAAAAAGGCCUGUGCUAUCCCAAGUACUGCAUAUGUAUGGUACAAUCUAGUUCCAAUAUUAAAGCCUAAAAAAAAAAACAGGGGGCGUUACUUUAUUUUUAGGUAUUAAUAAGUUAUAUUAGUACAAUUUAUACUUGUAUAUUACUACUGUUUAUACCCUUUACAACUGCUGUAUUGUAAAGCAGCGGUGCACAAACUUUCUUUAUAUGCCACCCCUCCUUACUUAGCAUACAUUCGAGCUGCUCUCCCAAACGUGCACGCAUCACCACCUGUAAAGAACCACACAUGGAAACUCCUGCAAUGUUAACA